CACACCCCCUCCCACUUGUCUCCUUCCUCCUGCUACAGGAGGCAGAGGAGGCCGUGGCGGCCAUCCGACAUGGCCGCCGGCCACGCGUCGGCAUCCGAGCCACCUUGCCCGUCUACAAGACCUCGCUCGACGCUGUGGUUGAACCCUAGCCCGCACUCUCCCCCCUCGCGCCGCUCUCUUCCCCGCAACACUCGACUGACGCCGUCAUCGCCAUGGCCGCCGUCCCCCUCGCGCCCAUCGAGCUCCCUGGCGCCUGGGAGUGUGACCUUCUGCUUCAUCUACGAUGACUACUUCGCCUGCGAGGAGCAGAUCAAUCGGAGACACAACAUCGCAAGGGAUCGACCUCAACUUUGUCUUCGGCCACGGAGCUCCGCCGCUUCAAUCCGUCCCCCUCGACCUUCCCCCGGCUUCUUCGAGCUCUCCCCCGGAACCGCGAAAACAAAUAUUCUCGGAAUGACCUGAAACUCCAUGGAAGGUCUUAGAAAAAAUAAUAAA